AGCGCCGAACCCUACCUCUUCUUGACGACUUUGGAGCAUAGACCGACCCAUUGAGGUACCUCGCAGCGGCCCAUACUAAAGAUCGGCGACGGACUCUCGCUGUCAUGAACUAUAUCCAAUUGGAGAAGCUUGGUGAGGGAACGUAUGCAACAGUCUACAAGGGUCGAUCGCGUGUCUCCAAUGAGAUCGUCGCGCUCAAGGAGAUCCACCUAGAUGCAGAGGAGGGGACGCCUUCAACAGCUAUUCGAGAGAUUUCUCUAAUGAAAGAGCUGCGUCAUAACAACAUCGUCCGCCUCCACGAUGUGAUCCACACGGAGUCUAAGCUCAUGCUCGUCUUCGAAUUCAUGGAGCAGGAUCUGAAGCGGUACAUGGACGUUCACGGAGACAGAGGAGCCCUCACGCCCUCGCUGGUCAGAAGCUUCAUGUUCCAGCUCCUGAAGGGCACUGCUUUUUGUCACGAAAACAGGGUCUUGCAUCGCGAUCUAAAGCCUCAAAAUCUGCUUAUCAACAAGAAGGGGGAGCUGAAGCUGGGCGAUUUCGGACUGGCAAGGGCAUUCGGAAUCCCCGUUAACACCUUCUCGAACGAGGUAGUGACGCUCUGGUAUCGAGCACCUGAUGUGUUGCUGGGAAGCAGAACUUACUCGACCUCGAUCGACGUAUGGUCUGCAGGGUGUAUCAUGGCAGAGAUGAUCAGUGGAGUUCCGCUGUUCCGAGGCCGGGAUAACAACGAUCAGCUCAACCAAAUUCUGAGAAUCUUGGGGACACCGGACGAUCAGACAAUCAAGAGGCUGGUAAACGACUCUCCCGAGAUUCAAAUCCGGCCAUUCCCCCGGAUGCCUCGCGUGCCAUUUCAGCAGCUGUACCCCAAGGCCCACCCCUUGGCUAUCGACCUUCUAGACAAGCUGCUCAAGUUUGAUCCCACACAAAGAAUCUCUGCAGAGGAAGCUUUGCGUCACCCUUACUUUACUACAUCAGCUGCCAUUUCUGGGACUGGUCCAGGAGGCGAAGCCAUGAUUGGCAAUGGUAGUCAGUCUAAUGGCAUGGAGUAUCAGCAGCAGCAGCAGCAGCAAAGGGCAGCGCAGGCGCAAGCUCAAGCCCAGGCUAAUGCGCAAGCCCAAGCCCAGGCACAGGCACAAGCUCAACAGCAGGCUGCCAAUUACGCUCACCAACAAGCAUUAGCGGCUCAGCACCAACAGCAACAUCACCAACAGUACAUGUCCUGAUCCCCUCUACAGACGCCGCGCCGGUCGCUCGCUCGUGCCCGGAUCUUAUUCCCGACUUCUUCUCUUGUCUCUCUCGUUCGCCCGCCUUUGCUCCUCUCUUGUAAUGAUCUAUCCAGACUCUUUCGGUUUACACUUCUCGUCACAAUGUGCGGCGAGUGUCCAUCCCGCUGUCAGUCUGAUGCUUGCAUUGCUGCCGC